AUGGAAGAAUCGAAUAAGAAUCUCACGGAAGCACUAAAUGUUGUCAAGGUUAAAGGUGUCCAGAUGAAGCGGUAUCUGGAUACAGACCGCGUUAUGGAUGCCCUGAAGAGCGCGUCGACAAUGCUGAAUGAGUUGCGCUCGUCGGCACUCUCACCCAAGCAGUACUAUGAGCUUUAUAUGGCCGCCUUUGAUUCAUUGCGCCACUUGUCCAUCUAUAUAUACGAUGCGCACAUGAACGAGAAACACCACUUGGCUGACUUGUACGAGCUCGUUCAAUACUGCGGCAAUAUCAUCCCGCGUCUCUACCUCAUGGUCACUGUGGGCAGUGUGUACAUGUCUGUACCUGAUGCGCCGAUCAAAGAAAUCAUGAAAGACAUGAUGGAGAUGUGUCGUGGUGUGCAGCACCCUACGCGCGGCCUGUUUCUGCGCCAUUACUUGUCAGGCACGACGCGUGAUCAUUUGCCCACAGGUUUAGAACCGGGCCCAGCAGGAGAGCUGAAUGACAGUAUCAGCUUUAUUUUGGCUAACUUUGUGGAAAUGAACAAGCUGUGGGUCCGACAGCAGCACCUCGGACACUCUCGUGAGCGCGAGAAGCGUGAAGCGGAGCGGCGCGAGCUGCGCAUCCUUGUUGGCACUAACCUUGUGCGUCUAAGUCAGCUAGAUGGCGUGACGCUGGAAAUUUACCAGCAGACCAUCCUCCCCGCUAUUCUCGAGCAGGUGAUUCACUGUAAGGAUGCUAUUGCGCAAGAGUACCUCAUGGAGGUCAUCAUCCAAGUUUUCCCUGACGAUUUCCACCUGCGCACAUUGAGUCUCUUGUUAUCGGCCUGCGCGCGGCUGCAUCCCAAGGUGAGUGUUAAACAAAUUGUCAUUGCUCUCAUCAACCGGUUAGCUGCGUACGCAGCGCGCGAGGCCGAGAGUGAGACACCUGAGGAACGCAAGAGGCAAGAAGACGAGGCCAGCGCGCGCCUCUUGCGCAAGACACAGGAAAUGCGCCGACAUGUACAUAAUAUUCAACCAUCCGCGGUUUGGCGCGAAAUCACGGAAGAACAGGUCAAAUCACGCGACUCAUGGAGCCGGCUGGCCUCAGACCUUGGACAAUCGCUGCAGGACGAUGGUCCCAAUAUUUGGGGCGACGCAUUAAAGCCUACUCCCGCCGUGGAGACGACAACCUGGGCAGAAGAGACGGAAGCGGAUGCACAAGUGAGUGAAACGGCAGAGGCAGAGGCCUCAGAGGGCGUGCUUGAUGAGCAAGCGAACGAGGCACCGUCAGCACCAGGUGAGCCGACAGGCGUGAAGCCACCGUCAGCGACUCCGCGCAAGUUCCGUGGUAUACCUGAAGAUGUGCGACUAUUCGAGGUGUUCUGGGAACAGAUCGUUCUGCUAAUGCGAGCGCGUCCCGACUUGUCGAUAAAUGACACGGCGGUUUUGCUACUUUCACUGCUCAAUCUAUCGCUGAGCUGCUACCCGGACCGCCUGGAGUAUGUCGACCAAGUCUUGGGCUUUGCGAAUAGCAAAAUCCAAGAGGCAAUGGAAGGGGAACAAGGCAUGCCUAUUAUCCCACAAAGCCACUUCCAACCACUGCUGGUGGCACCGAUCAAUGCCUAUGUGAGCGCCUUGACCGUGUUGGCUAUCCCUAAUUACUAUAUGCUUUGGGCGCAGCAGCAACCCCUGGCCCAGCGCGCGAUUGCGCAAGCAAUUGUGCACUCGAUUCUUCGCCGAGAGACUGUCAUCGGUACGCCUGAAGAGGCCCACGGGAUUCUCGAGUUUUGUACUAGCCUGGUGAAGGACAAGGGGGAGAUCAUGGCGACCAAUGCGACUACAUCGAAUGGCCAUGUGGCGAUGGUCGAUGAACUGGCAGAGCAGCAGGGGAUGCUUGCACGCUUGGUGCAUCUGUUUCGCUCGGACGACUUGAAUAUGCAGUUGGUACUGCUGCACAUUGUGCGCAAGCACUACAGUGAGGGAGAAGAGUCGAUUCGCUUCACGUACCCGCCGCUUAUUACGGAGGUCAUUGCGCUAGUACGUCGCUUCAGUGCAUGUAAGCAAGAGAAAAAUUGGGAGCCGAAAAUGACCACGCUCUUCCACUAUGUGCAUCAGCUUGUUUCGACGUUGUACCAUCGUGUCGAAGUGCCAGAGCUGUCUCUGCGUCUCUUUUUGCUCGUGGCCGAAGUGGCAGACGAAGCCGGCUUUGAGGAGAUGGCCUACGAGUUCUACGUGCAGUCAUUUUCCAUUUUCGAGGAGUCCGUCUCCGACUCACGCUCUCAGCUACAAGCAAUUGGACUGAUCAUCAGUACACUAUACAAAGCACGUGUCUUUGGUCCAGACAAUUACGAUACGCUCAUUACCAAAGCUGCGCUUCACGCUGCAAAAUUGCUAAAGCGCCCACAUCAGGCCGCUGCCGUGCUUAUGGCGAGCCAUCUCUGGUGGCAGCUGCCUGGUCCCAAAGAUACCGGUGAGCCACGCUUCCCGCUGGUUAAAGAUGGGCGCCGUGUGCUGGAAUGCCUACAAAAGACGUUGCGCAUUGCGAAUGGAUGCAUCAACGAGUAUACAUCCGUGGAAAUCUUCUGCCACGCGCUGAGCAAGUACCUGUACUAUGUACGUAACGCCUUACUAACGUGCCAGUUUGAACAGGGUGUGGAGGCCGUCACGAGCCGGUAUAUCAAUUCGUUGGUGGACUUGAUUACCAAGGCUCUGACGUCGCUGCGAGCGGAAAGUCGAUCUCGUGCAACUGGGUGGCGGAGUGAGUUAGAGACGUCGCCUACAUGGGAUGCCGUCCAGCAACACUUUUACAACCAGCUGAAGUACAUCCAAGCUAAAAAGCGCAUGGCCUCAGAGGCUGACACCGGCAGCGUGGCUGCUCCCGAUUGGGCCAGUCUCGAAAUUGACGAGGCGCUAGAGAGGAUGGCGCCAUCGUCCUAA